GGAAAAUUUUGCAUCCAUGUUGAAACGUCAAACGUGUAGAUGUGAUGACAUUUAAAUGUCUUUACUCUUUAUUGGGUUUAGAUUUCAUUUCGUCAACCAAACCCACUCCUUGGGCCCAAAGGUUUCCACAUUAUCAUCUUAAACCCUAAGGGGGCCACUAGUAAGUGGAAACAAACACUUCGUCGAAUGCGCAUCUUCUCUACAUUCGUCUUUCAUCGCAGACAACAAAUCUUCAAUCUUCGUCAAUUCCAAACCACCACAAUCCUUCGCAACCCAAUCUCCAUCGCUCCGAUCCAGAUUCCGAUGGACGCCACCGAGCAGUCUCUCCGUCAAUCUCUUUCCGAGAAAUCCUCAUCCGUCGAAGCUCAGGGUAACGCCGUCCGAGCUCUCAAGGCUUCCCGUGCAGCUAAACCAGAAAUCGAUGCUGCCAUUGAGCAACUCAACAAAUUGAAGCUCGAGAAAUCUACCGUCGAGAAGGAGCUUCAGUCUAUUAUCAGUAGCUCCGGUAAUGGUUCGCUUAACCGUGAGGCUUUUCGAAAAGCUGUUGUCAAUACUCUCGAGCGGCGUUUGUUCUAUAUCCCUUCGUUUAAGAUCUACAGUGGCGUCGCUGGACUUUUUGAUUAUGGUCCUCCUGGCUGUGCUAUUAAAUCCAAUGUUCUCAGCUUUUGGCGUCAACAUUUCAUUCUUGAGGAGAACAUGCUAGAAGUUGAUUGUCCAUGUGUGACACCAGAGGUUGUUCUCAAGGCAUCUGGGCAUGUAGAUAAGUUCACUGAUCUUAUGGUUAAGGAUGAGAAAACUGGAACAUGUUACCGUGCUGACCACUUGCUCAAGGAUUAUUGUACCGAGAAGCUGGAGAAAGAUCUUACCAUCUCUGCUGAGAAAGCUGCUGAAUUGAAGGAUGUUCUUGCUGUUAUGGAAGAUUUUUCUCCUGAACAGCUAGGUGCCAAGAUCAGGGAGUAUGGGAUCACUGCUCCAGACACGAAGAAUCCACUCUCUGAUCCUUACCCGUUUAAUUUGAUGUUUCAAACAUCCAUUGGCCCAUCUGGUUUGAUUCCUGGUUACAUGCGUCCUGAAACUGCUCAAGGUAUUUUUGUCAACUUUAAGGACUUGUACUAUUACAAUGGGAAGAAACUUCCUUUUGCCGCGGCUCAAAUUGGUCAAGCCUUUAGAAAUGAGAUAUCUCCUCGACAAGGGCUUCUUAGAGUUCGUGAAUUCACGCUGGCAGAGAUUGAGCACUUCGUUGAUCCUGAGAAUAAGUCACAUCCUAAGUUCUCUGACGUAGCAAAAUUGGAAUUCCUUAUGUUCCCAAGGGAAGAACAAAUGUCUGGCCAAUCUGCCAAAAAACUUUGCCUUGGUGAAGCUGUUGCUAAAGGUACUGUGAACAAUGAAACUCUAGGAUACUUCAUUGGGAGAGUGUAUCUUUUCCUUACUCGUCUUGGCAUUGACAAGGAACGGCUGCGCUUCCGUCAGCAUCUAGCAAAUGAAAUGGCCCACUAUGCAGCAGAUUGUUGGGAUGCUGAAAUUGAAAGUUCAUAUGGGUGGAUUGAAUGUGUUGGGAUUGCAGAUAGGUCUGCUUACGACUUACGUGCUCACUCUGACAAAAGUGGUACUCCUCUUGUGGCUGAAGAGAAAUUUGCAGAACCUAAAGAAGUAGAGAAACUUGUGAUAACUCCUGUGAAGAAAGAACUGGGUCUUGCAUUCAAGGGAAAUCAAAAGAAUGUGGUUGAAUCUUUGGAGGCGAUGAAUGAGGAAGAAGCUAUGGAGAUGAAAGCAACCCUGGAAUCCAAAGGGGAAGUGGAGUUUUACGUGUGUACCCUAAAGAAAAGCGUGAACAUCAAGAAAAACAUGGUGUCUAUAUCAAAGGAGAAGAAGAAAGAGCACCAGCGGGUUUUCACUCCAUCAGUGAUUGAACCAUCGUUUGGGAUUGGUCGGAUCAUAUAUUGUCUGUAUGAGCAUUGUUUCAGCACAAGGCCAAGCAAAGCAGGGGAUGAGCAGUUGAACUUGUUCCGUUUCCCUCCUCUUGUAGCUCCCAUCAAGUGCACGGUUUUCCCGCUUGUUCAGAACCAACAAUUCGAGGAAGUAGCCAAAGUUAUUUCCAAGGAACUCGCCUCUGUCGGUAUCUCCCAUAAGAUUGACAUCACUGGUACAUCGAUAGGGAAGAGAUAUGCGAGAACCGAUGAGCUUGGAGUGCCAUUUGCAAUAACAGUGGACUCGGAUACAUCAGUGACAAUCAGAGAAAGAGACAGCAAAGAUCAAGUCCGAGUCACCUUGAAGGAGGCAGCUUCCGUUGUGAGCUCAGUCUCAGAGGGGAAAAUGACGUGGCAAGACGUCUGGGCAACCUUCCCUCACCAUUCUUCUGCUGCUGCAGACGAGUAGCUAGCUCCUUGUUUUUUUCCGAAUUAAAAACCAAAGUGUUAAAUUAAUUGUUGCUGAAUCUACUCAUUUUUAAUGUUUUGUUUCUUAGUGUCACGUAAAAAGUUCGAUACCAGAUUUGGAGACGAAGUGGCUAUAAAGUAUAAACUCUCUGUUAUAUUUUCGUCCAUUCUACUGCUAAUUUUCUAAAUUUUGGUCACAAAUUUCA